ACUGAACACGCGCACGUCAUCGAGUGUAUCGCGAGAAGGGACGAAGGCAACGUCGAUCAGUAGCAGCGGCGGCAACGACAGGACCUAAUUUCCUGCACAUCGGGGAAACCGAUAGUUUCGCCUGGGUACCCUCGUCCGGCUCUCUCACCGAGAUUUCCGACUCGAUUCUCGGCAGGUUCUCGACGAGCCGAUCAUCCGCGCGAUUUGUCACGACUUGUCCUUCGCCCUCCCUCCUUCCUGUAUCCUCUCUUUCCCGUCCCUUAAAGCUCCGUUCGUCAACCUGAGGGAGAACCAAGCCAGCCUCGGUGAGAAAGUGGUAUCCCGUUUCGGUGACGCGGAAGCCGCGUCGCCGACGGUCUCUCUCGCUCGCUAAUAAUUCCCUCUUUCCUCCUUCCCUCUCAUCGUCCCUCUCUCGUUCACCUUCCUUCAUUGCCGCGCGCCGAAAACGAUGGCGUUUCUGAGGAGCGUGCCGCGGCGAUGUUGCGCCGGUAAAAAGCUGGUCAAGUGCGGCGCUUCGCCGUUGACUGUGAUCGGCCUCCUGGAGAACGCCGUGGCGACGACGACGACGACUACGACGGCGGCGGCGGCGGCGGUUACUAGGACACCACCGUCAUUGCGGUUGGUUGCACAGGUGCGUAGCUAUGCCACCUCCUCCGCCGCCGUCACUGACGUCAAGAAGCAACGACAGCAGCAACAAUCGGCGGUGCCUCGGCAAAUCGACCCGCUCGAUUUGAAGUUUAACGACCCAAUCGCCGCCUUUAAAAGCAAGACGACUAUGGAGUUGAUGCGCGCCUAUUUUGUCUAUCAGAUGUGCAGCAUCGAAUACGUCGUGGAGAACAACAUGACGGUCAUGAAAAUGGCGAAGUCAGUGCUGGGCGAAAAGCUGUUCACAAAGCUCAUGAAGGCCACGUUUUACGGUCACUUUGUCGCUGGCGAAGAUGAGGUGCAGAUUACACCUGUCUUAGAUAGGCUGCGGCAAUUUGGCGUUAAACCAAUCCUUGAUUAUUCUGUCGAGGAAGACAUCUCACAGGAGGAAGCCGAGAGGCGUGAAGUUCAAGCCUCCGUGUCGGAAGCGGGCGAUGAGAAGAGGGAGGGCCCGCUAAAGAAGUAUCACGUGGAGAAGUCGUUCGCCGAUCGACGAUACAAGGUGUCGUCGGCCAGGACAUAUUUUUACCUAAAUGAAGCGUCGUGCGAGCGAAACAUGGACAUAUUUAUCAGAUGUCUGGAGGCUGUGGCGAAGGAUGAAGUUGAGACUUUGCGGUUGAAAUAUCCUUCCCAGAAUAUUACCACCCAUGCCCAAGUCGAUCCUUAUCCUGGUGCUUCUAUGGGAAUGGGCAUCACAGCUGUCAAAUUAACAGCGCUUGGUCGGCCGCAGCUUCUGCUGCAAUUGUCUGAGGUAAUUAUGCGUGCACGACAGUAUACAUCGGAUGUUAUCGGCGGCGAGGGUGCCGUUCUGGCUCAUCACGCAAAACCUGAUGAUUUUAAGAAAAAAUUCGAGGAGGCACGCAUCAAAGAAACAGAGGUGCAAAAGUUCCUUCAAAAAAUUCAAUCGGAUAAGGAAGGUGUGAUUCACCUCUUCCCGUGGAGCGGUAUUCUAGACGAAAAUUAUGAACUGAGCGAAACGUUCCAAGUACCUGAUAUUAAGACGGGCAAAAUGGUUAGGCUAAUGUCGCAACUCACGUCCAAGGAAGAAGAAAUGUUUAGGAACAUGAUUAGACGUCUAAACAAUAUCGUCACGGUAGCUGACAAUCUGGAUGUUCGUAUCAUGAUAGAUGCGGAGCAGACGUACUUCCAACCGGCCAUUUCUCGCCUGACGUUAGAGAUGAUGCGCAAAUACAAUACGAAAAAGGCUGUGGUAUUCAACACUUACCAGACGUAUCUACAAGACGCAUAUAAUGAGGUGAAAACGGAUCUCGAACAGGCAGAACGCCAAAACUUUUAUUUCGGUGCUAAACUUGUACGCGGCGCGUACAUUGAACAGGAAAGAGCAAGAGCAGCAGCUAUGGGUUAUCCAGACCCCACUAACCCAACGUUUGAGGCGACAACCGAAUCUUACCAUAAGACGCUCAUGGAGUGUUUGAGACGGAUGAAACAAUAUAAGGACAAGGGGGAAGAUCCCAAGAAAAUAGGUAUUAUGGUCGCCUCGCACAACGAAGACACUGUGCGUUUUGCGAUCGAGAAGAUGAAAGAAAUCGGAAUUUCGCCGGAGGAUAAAGUCAUAUGUUUUGGUCAAUUAUUAGGAAUGUGCGAUUACAUAACAUUUCCAUUAGGUCAAUCCGGUUACUCUGCGUACAAGUACAUCCCGUACGGACCGGUUAAGGAGGUAUUGCCGUACUUGUCGCGACGCGCACAAGAGAACAGGGGUAUACUGAAGAAGAUCAAAAAGGAGAAACGCCUGCUACUAAAUGAAAUCACGAGACGUAUAGUGCGCGGCAAGCUCUUUUACAAACCCAAGGGCAAUUAUACUCCAGUUUGAGCAGUCAAUCCGUUUAGUUGCACACAAACAGAAUUUUAAGUAUCAAAUUUAAGUAGUGGUUGUAAAUUAUCGAGGACUCUCCUGAAAGAACUUGAGGCGAGCUCUUCUGAUUGAAGUAACUUGACGGACCUGUUACUAUGGUACUCGGAAGAGAGAGUAGCGUCGUGCACGCAUCCACGUGCGUGAGUAUGAAUGUGAGACUUGAGAAUAUACGCUGUUAUCUGUUACGUAAAAAUCGCCUUAGUGUUGUAUUGUCGAAUGUACUGAUGCUCAAAACUGCUUGUGAGUAAAGCUAUAGUAUGUAUUCGUUACUCGUUUUGUUCGUCGUUAUUAAACAGGAUGCCAAUGAUAGUGCUAUAAUUUAGUUUCACUAACGAGAAAGUGUUUUCAAAAAGAUCGAGCAAAGAGAAUCCAAAACUAAUCAACUCUUUAAAAAAAAAAAAAUGGCUUUAGUAUAAAAUUAACGAUGAUUUUUUUAACGAUAGUUCGCAUAUUUUCUGUGCACAGUAUUAAGAGAUCAACCGCAUCAGUGGCUUUUUCGCAACAAUGAUGACGAUUGGAAGAAACCUUAUCUUGGUUUUUUAGCACAUUUGUGUUUCCCAAGUUUUACAAUUUUUUUGAGAAUCUCGUCAAAUAUUUUCCAUAUAUAAUACACGUGCGCAUCAAUUAUUUAUGAUUCGUGUUCCUCUAAAUGUUUUAUCGUCCAUAGUAUCAGUAAAAAGGGGGAGGAGGGAGAGAUAAGAAAAUAAAUCCGGAUGUAAUUGUAUAAUUUGCUACCAUCUUAACGAUUAAUGCUCACGAUGAACAUGCUAGAACAUGUUUAGAACAUUCGCGCUAUAUAGUUACUAAGAAGGAACAGAUAGUAAUUGUAUCGCGUGCGCUUCCAUUAAGCGUAUAACAUGAAUGCCGAUGAGCAUUUUAAUAUAAUCUGCGAAACAUAGUCUGUGAAAUGGAUUAUGUCUAAAAAAAGAGAAAAGAUAAAUAACACGCAAAAAUGAUUUCCUUCUUCUUAAUUUGUGUUUAAAAAUAACACGCGUAUUAUAUAUAAACGAAAAGAUAAUUUUCUUAGAAAUGCGACGAGAUAACAGGGUGAAAGUAUAAUAAGAUUCAGAGGUAUCUUAACUAGAGACGUGCGGAUUUUCGAAUGUUGGGUAGUAUGAAAUGGAAGAGAGAAAGAAAGGAAGACAGAGUCGUUCUUCGUAGUGCACGCGUAUCAAGUUGCGAUAUAAAAGUGAUUUUGGGCUGACCUGACGAUAAUGAAAGCCGGAGAGAUCUGCGAGAAAUGCGAUAUUUCUUUUGUGAUACGUUAAUAGUUGUAGUUAAGCCACACAUAUAUGUACACGAGAUAUUAGUCCCACUUUGCUUCAGCCUAAAAUUGCUUCUCGCGUUACACAAAAGAACAAUAGUGUCGCUGCGCUUGUCUUAGCGCUGAGACACUACCAUGUCUCCUGAUAAUUGGUAAGAAAAGCAUUCGACGCUAUCGGAAGAACACCGCAGAUACUGUUAUAAAAAAAAGAAAUACUCCGUCAUUAUUGUUUCUUUCCAAGGAAGAAAAUAAAGGAGGACCGAUUUUUUAUUUCGAAACCAUAAAUUCAUGCCGUGAUUCGAAUAAGAGUUUUAAAUAUUAACAAAUCCUUUUCUCAUCCGUCAUGAGAGAAAUUAUUCUUCGAAGAAAGGAAUUAUUGGAGAUUAAACGAUGAUCUGAUUCAUGAAAAAGAGAAUUGCGUCCAGUUUCAUAAUUCAGCGUUACUCGUCGAUGUCAAUGCAGGAGUAAUUCGCGAUUUUAAAUAUCACGAUCUGCAAUCAACGAUCAGCAAGUUACGAUAUAAUUUAGUCUGUAAGAUUGUACAAGCGUUUCCGAGAAAGUUGCGUAGCAUAUUCUGAUAUUCUUAGGCCAGUAUUUCCUUUAUACUCGCGACGACUCAAUAAUGUAUUCCUCCAGUCUAUCAGUCCAAUACUAUUACUAUCCUUUUUUUCUUUUUUUCGAAUUCACAGAUCGUCAUCAGACUAUACUCAUUUUGUUUUUCUGGACGAUCUGUUUGCGAAUGAAGUCAUUUAUGAUCUCCUAUCUUUUUCUUGUAUACAUUAUACGAAAGCGUUACGUUUAUAUAGUAUGUGUGUAUGUAGCCUACAUUUAUACACGACUGUAAUAAUUCAAACGAGAUACGUUUGCGUAGAGUAUUUACUCGCUUCAUAGAGACGCACUGCGUGCGCGACAUUGAUCGAUUCGUGAGAGGAAAGAAAGGGAAAGGAAGGAAGAGUUACAAAGCGAGUCUAAAAAUUUUGCUGUGAAUUAUAUGUUAAAUGCAAAUGCUUGAAAAAAAAGAGAAGGAAAGCGAGAAAUAUGAUCGAUGAAGAAAUAAAUAAAGGGGCAUUGUUACAAGUUACACGGGCUAAUAGCUAAAAUGUUUCCAUGUGUCUAUGUGAUAUACUUGAUGUCCAUUGCGUGCGUGUGUGUGUGCGUGUGUAUUUCUAAACGUUAUACACUGAUAAAUUCAGUUAAAAUCCAAGGCUUUCUUCAAAGUCCACUACUCGUGCCCUGUUACGCGAGAACGCGAGCUUCUACUCGCAUUCCCGUUAAGACGUAAGAUGCUGACAAUAACUUAGAUAGACAAUGUUGACGUGUAUAUAUAUAUGUAUAUGUAUGUAUACACACACACAUAUAUAUAUAUAUAUGACACGUAUAUAGUAUAAUAGAUGUGUGAUUUCUGUCACUUGCAUUUAUGUCUUAUUGGAAAUUGGAAGAGAGUGAAACGCAAAACCGAUGAUGCAUCCCGGAGAUGUGGAGGCGUUUAUCAGAAAUCGAUGAAGAAUCGUCACGAUACUUUCAAAUACUCUAAUUUGAAUACUCGGCGUUUUACUACCAAAGCGUUCGAGAUAUAGUAACGAGAUUGAUCCAUUGCUGUCCUUUUUAGUGAAAUAUUUCAAGACUUUUGCGUUCUAAGACUUGGAGGUGAUUUCGCCGAUCUUUUUCCUUUCUUCAUUUUAUUCUUUGACGAUCGUUCUCUCUCUUUUUUAAUACGUGCAAUCUUUUCUUUUUAUUUAAUCGACGCUUAUGAGCUAGUUUGCAGUCCUGAUGAGCUCUUAGAAAUUUACAUAUCAUUAAGUUAACGUUCGAGGAAGAUCGACGAAAUCUGAGUCUCAGUAGCUUUUAGUGUAUUUAGUUUACGAAGUACAAAAAUGAAUAGAGAACCAACGAUCUCUACGAUGAAAGUAAUUCCAAGAAUAUAUUAAAUAUAAUUGAAAAUAGGGAAGGUAAAAAGAAAUGCGUGCGAUUUAGUAGGAAUAGUCGAGCGUGUUCGCUUUUCCUUGGGAACGUUCGUAGGCAGACGGGUGAUCUCGGGAAUGGCGAUUUUACGCGUCGCACACAAAAGUGAAUUAAAGCAAGCGUCGAUCGAUAUAAAAUAAGAUAAUAUUUAUUAUUUCAUGAAAUACAGAUAAUAUAUGCCUUUCCCCAAUGCCACACUGACGAUAUACAUUCCUUGCUCCGCAUCUCGCUAGGACAUUGAACGUUCUUUUCACUUCCCUUUUCUCCCUCCCUCGAACCUUUUUUCUCGCCCUGCGGACAAUCUGCUGCAAUUCUCGCAGCGAACCGGUAGUGAGCAAGUUUAUUGCUGAGUAAAAAGUACGGAUUUAUCUACGCCGAGCGUUUUUGCGUCCUAGCGGUUUUUCUCUCCUUUCACACCUCCAUGGAACCUCGUGUUCUUCCUUCUCUUUUUAUCCAAUCGCUGUCCUGCGAUCCUUACUAUCGGUCAAGCGUAAUACGAUUAUCUCGAACAUCGGAAAACAUGUAUGUGGCGUAAAAAAACUUUACCGUAAAAUGAGAUAAGUUUUUUAUCGACGGAAACAGGGGUCCCGGAAUGUUCCGAAAGUAUAUACAAUGAUCAAAUAAUUUUGCACUCCUGAUUCGCAUAAAAUUAUGAAAUUAAAUGUGAUUACAUUUUCGGCUUAAAAUUACAUUGUAUAAAUCUAAUCGGAUGAUAAAAUGCGAUGUGAAUCAUGAAACGAAAAAAAAAAAAGAUAGAUGAAGCUCAUGAAGGAUUAUUUCCUUCACGUUAAGGGAUCUUGAAAUUAUUCUAAUUUCACGGUUCUCACGGUGAAAAAAGUUACUCCGCGAUACGA